AUGUUAGUGAUUUUUGAAAUUGUAACUGUUUUAGCAGUGUUAGAAUCAGCAAGAAUAAAUGGAGAAUGUAAUCAACGCAAGCUGGAAUGUGCUCAUGGCUAUAGAAAACGCGGAAACACAUGCAUAGAAGAUGGAGAUGUUAAUGAAAGAGCUAAGAAACUUUCAGAGUGGGUAGAAAAUCGUCUUUGUGAAGCCUAUGCUGAUUUCUUGUGCUAUGGGACUGGGAUAAUUUGGGUCCAAGGGGAUGACAUAUCGAAUGAUUUAGAUGGGAACCAGCUGUUGGAAAACUAUGGCUCAGACAAUCCUGUGUAUGUGCAUACCAAAAUGAGGGCAAUAGAAACCAUUAGUGGAUUAUUGGAGACAAGGACAAAUUCCCAUGGGAAGAAAGAGUUUAAGUGUCCAGAUCUGGUGGUGGAACAUUACAAACCAUUUACUUGUCGCCUUCGUCAAUGGAUUUCUGAACAUGCUCUUGUUAUUGUGCCAGUUUGUGCAUUGGUUGUGGGAUUUACAUUUCUGGUUUGGAAAAUCCAACGUAGAUGGUACCUAUCAACCAGAGGGGAAGAACUUUACCACCAGGUUUGUGACAUACUUGAGGAAAGUGCCUUGAUGUCAAAAAGAGUAAAUACAGAAUGUGAACCUUGGGUGGUGGCCUCUCGAUUACGAGAUCAUCUGCUUUCGCCCAAAGAAAGGAAAGACCCUGUUUUAUGGAAAAAGGUUGAGGACUUAGUGCAGGAAGAUUCUCGAGUAGAUCGGUAUCCUAAGCUAGUGAAGGGUGAUUCAAAAGUAGUGUGGGAAUGGCAAGUUGAAGGUUCGUUGAGCUCAGGGAGAAUGAGAAAAAAGGUAGAUUCAAGCAAAUUAAAGUACAACGAUGGCAUAAAAGAGAAUUUUGACAAAGGACGCCAUGAGUUGAAGCCCGAUGACAAAUAUUUGUACAGAGCCCAAGAUAUUGAUGUUUUGAUCUGGGGUGCUGUGUCCUCACUUAGGAGCCAAAACGACAAAAUCCUGGCUAAUAUUUGGGAAGUUCUCCUCGCUCGGGUGUUGAAUCACAUUUGUAUAGAAUGUUUGAUGGAUGGAAAAGCUUUCCCAAGUGAUCCACCAGGAAGAGAUUUCAUGUUCUGCUCUGAUCUCAUUAGAGAAGUGGCUGUACAAAGGUGCAGCUUCUAUGGACGGUUGGAUCUUGAUCUUCUAAGGAUGCAGUGCAGCCACAACUCGGAUUCCUGUUUGGAUGCAAUUUACUUAGAUGGGACAGGCAGCUGCAUCUCUUGA